CGGGCUCUGGUGGGUCACGUGAGCCACUUUUCGCGCGAAACCUGGAGGCAGCAGGAAGAGCGGAGGGGAACGCGGUGCUGCGAUGGCGGAAUCAUCUGAGUCCUUCACUGUGGCAUCCAGCCCGGCCCAGCGUCGGCGAAACGUGGAUCCUCUCACCUCUAGCCCCGGCCGAAGCUCCCGGCACACCGAUGCCCUGACCUCCAGCCCUGGCCGGGACCUUCCUCCCUUUGAGGACGAGUCCGAGGGGCUGCUAGGCACAGAGGGGCCCCUGGAGGAAGAAGAGGAUGGAGAAGAGCUUAUCGGAGAUGGCAUGGAGAGGGAUUACCGGGCCAUCCCAGAGCUGGACACCUACGAGGCCGAGGGCCUGGCUCUGGACGAUGAGGACGUCGAGGAGCUGACCGCCAGUCAGAGGGAGGCAGCAGAGCGGGCCAUGCGGCAGCGUGACCGGGAGGCUGGCCGCGGCCUGGGCCGCAUGCGCCGCGGGCUCCUGUACGACAGCGACGAGGAGGAUGAGGAGCGGCCAACUCGGAAGCGCCGCCAGGUGGAGCGGGCCACGGAGGAGGGCGAGGAGGACGAGGAGAUGAUCGAGAGCAUUGAGAACCUGGAGGACCUGAAGGGCCACUCCGUGCGUGAGUGGGUGAGCAUGGCCGGCCCCCGGCUGGAGAUCCACCACCGAUUCAAGAACUUCCUGCGCACCCAUGUGGACGGCCACGGCCACAACGUCUUCAAAGAGCGCAUCAGCGACAUGUGCAAAGAAAACCGUGAGAGCCUGGUGGUGAACUACGAGGACCUGGCCGCCAGGGAGCAUGUCCUGGCCUACUUCCUGCCAGAGGCACCAGCUGAGCUGCUGCAGAUCUUCGAUGAGGCUGCCCUGGAGGUGGUGCUGGCCAUGUACCCCAAGUACGACCGCAUCGCCAGCCACAUCCACGUCCGCAUCUCCCAUCUGCCGCUGGUGGAGGAGCUGCGCUCGCUGAGGCAGCUGCACCUGAACCAGCUGAUCCGCACCAGCGGGGUGGUGACCAGCUGCACAGGCGUCCUGCCCCAGCUCAGCAUGGUCAAGUACAACUGCAACAAGUGUAACUUCGUCCUGGGCCCUUUUUGUCAGUCUCAGAACCAGGAGGUGAAGCCAGGCUCCUGUCCCGAGUGCCAGUCGGUGGGCCCCUUCGAAGUCAACAUGGAAGAGACCAUCUAUCAGAACUACCAGCGCAUCCGAAUUCAGGAGAGUCCCGGCAAAGUGGCGGCUGGCCGGCUGCCCCGCUCCAAGGAUGCCAUUCUCCUUGCCGAUCUGGUGGACAGCUGCAAGCCAGGAGACGAGAUAGAGUUGACUGGCAUCUACCACAACAACUACGAUGGCUCGCUCAACACCGCCAAUGGCUUUCCCGUCUUUGCCACUGUCAUCCUGGCCAACCACGUGGCCAAGAAGGACAAUAAGGUCGCCGUGGGAGAGCUGACCGACGAGGACGUGAAAAUGAUCACCAGCCUCUCCAAGGAUCAGCAGAUUGGGGAGAAGAUCUUUGCCAGCAUUGCUCCUUCCAUCUAUGGGCACGAAGACAUCAAGAGAGGCCUGGCCCUGGCUCUGUUCGGAGGGGAGCCCAAAAACCCAGGCGGUAAGCACAAGGUGCGAGGUGAUAUCAAUGUGCUGCUGUGUGGCGAUCCUGGCACAGCUAAGUCGCAGUUCCUCAAAUACAUCGAGAAAGUGUCUAGCCGAGCCAUCUUCACCACAGGCCAGGGGGCUUCAGCCGUGGGCCUCACGGCGUAUGUGCAGCGGCACCCGGUCAGUAGGGAGUGGACCCUGGAAGCUGGGGCCCUGGUGCUGGCUGACCGAGGAGUGUGUCUAAUUGAUGAAUUCGACAAGAUGAACGACCAGGACAGAACCAGCAUCCAUGAGGCUAUGGAACAACAGAGCAUCUCCAUUUCAAAGGCCGGUAUCGUCACCUCCCUGCAGGCUCGCUGCACUGUCAUUGCUGCCGCCAACCCCAUAGGAGGGCGCUAUGACCCCUCACUGACCUUCUCAGAAAAUGUGGACCUCACGGAGCCCAUCAUUUCCCGCUUCGACGUCCUGUGUGUGGUGAGGGACACGGUGGAUCCGGUCCAGGACGAGAUGCUGGCCCGCUUUGUGGUGGGCAGCCACGUCAGACACCACCCCAGCAACAAGGAGGAGGAGCGGCAGGUCAACGGCAAUGCCCCGGAGCCCACCGUGCCCAAUACGUAUGGUGUGGAGCCUCUGCCUCAGGAGGUUCUGAGAAAGUAUAUCAUCUAUGCUAAGGAGAAGGUCCACCCCAAGCUCAACCAGAUGGAUCAGGACAAGGUGGCCAAGAUGUACAGUGACCUCCGGAAAGAAUCCAUGGCAACAGGCAGCAUCCCCAUCACGGUACGGCAUAUUGAGUCCAUGAUCCGCAUGGCAGAAGCCCACGCACGCAUCCACCUGCGGGACUACGUGAUAGAAGACGAUGUCAACAUGGCCAUCCGUGUGAUGCUGGAGAGCUUCAUCGACACACAGAAGUUCAGUGUCAUGCGCAGCAUGCGAAAGACUUUUGCCCGCUAUCUUUCAUUCCGGCGCGAUAACAAUGAGCUGUUGCUCUUCAUACUGAAGCAGUUAGUGGCGGAGCAGGUGACGUAUCAACGCAACCGCUUUGGGGCCCAGCAGGACACGAUCGAAGUGCCUGAGAAGGACUUGGUGGACAAGGCUCGUCAGAUCAACAUCCACAACCUGUCUGCUUUCUAUGACAGUGAACUCUUUAGGAUGAACAAGUUCAGCCAUGACCUGAAGCGGAAAAUGAUCCUUCAGCAGUUCUGAGGCCCAGGGCCGUCUAGAGUAACUAACUAUGCGUCCUGGUUUGGGAAGUCGGAAAUGAGCGCUCAGUUCCCUUUGUGCCUUAGAGACAGACGAGCCCAUAGCUGGUGGACUUGGAAGGAAGGUAGGGCAGGGGUGUGUGGAGUUGGACCACCUGGCUUCCCCCCCAGAACUCUCAGGUUAAGGCCACAACUUGGAUUGAUGGUAUUUUAUAUCUUUGGUUCCAUUUUCUGCUUCUCUCACCUUCUUGGGUGGGCACCCUUUGCCAGAAUUUCUUUCUCAGCUGCUCACCAGUCUUAUCACAUACAAGUGCUUUGUCUCUACUUCAGUAAUAGUAACUUGGAUCACAUUCCUUGUGUUUGGGAUACCCCUGGUAAGAGGUCCCAAGUACUCUGCCGAGGCACAUCUCACACAACUGACAUUUGAGGACAUUAGGAGAACCGUUGCCCUCGUGGCGUGAGUUCCUUGUUCAGGCUGCUUCUGCCACCUGUGGCCUAGCAGCAGGUUAAGGGAUUCCUAGGCUUUUUCUGAACGCUGUCCUGUAGGUUUCUCUCAGCUACUGUGAGUAGAGAAAAUGUAGGCUAUGAACAGAAGAGACCACAACCCUGUCAAUACAAUCUGUUUGCUCUGUAGUGACAUGACUUGAUUUCCUUUGGACUUGGUGGGAUUCAAGGAGUUGGAUAUGAGCAGUGAGGAUUGUUGGAUGGCCACGACUGUCAGUCACCAUUGCUAUAUUAAUCUAGUUUCUCUCACCUAACCAUUUCCCAGUUCUCUUAUUUGUUUGUACAUUGAGUUGUCUCUGUAGUUUUCAUUUUUAAUAAAAUUAAAUAAACUCGAAGCUCUGGUA